UCCUGUAAGGGGACCUUCCCCAGGCAGUAGAAAGAAACCCUCAAAAACGCAAACGGCUGACUUUAACAAUCUCUGUUGAAAGUUGCUCUCUUUGCACGAAAUACGGAUGUUUAUAUGCACAUGCCAUUGUUGAGUUGAAGAAGUUGGAUUUCUUCAAACACCUGGAGGACUCUGAUGGAAACUGGAAAAAAACAAACCCUUACGCCUAAGGCUAUUAUACACCAGAGGUUUGGAAACAAUGCGUUGUAUAAGGUAGAGGAAGUGCAGGAGCCUCCUCAAAUUGGAUGCCCAGGAUUGGCUAUCCUUCAGAAAGGGCCCUGCCUCUACCGCUGCAGCUUGGAGCUCCCGGAUUUUUCUGUUGUGUCAGACAUCUGCAAAAAGAAAAAGGAUGCUGAGCAGUCUGCUGCCAAGAUGGCUCUGGAUAAGCUAGGAAUCAACCCUUCAAAUGAUAAUCCCACUCCAGAGGAAGCAUGGGAGGAUUUGAUUUCUCGUAUCAAAUAUCUAUUCUCAAAUGAGUUCUUGUCAGCUCUUCAUCCCCUGAGUGGUCACUUAAGAGCAGCUUUGCUGAGAGGUGGUGAUCUUCAUGGUUCUGUUCCUGUUUCUGUUAUUGCUGCAUGUGAUGGAAAGCUUAGCAAUCUCUGUAAAAUAAUCAAUCCAAAAGUGGAGUCGAAUCCUGGCUUGGUUAUCUCCUACAUUCUGAAUGCAGCUUCAAGACUAGCAGAGGUGUUUGUUAGUUCUGAGGGACAGCUUUCAAUUCAGAAACAAAAUCCAUACCCUCCUGAGAUUAUAGAAUCAUCAAUGACCCUAGAAUUAGAUGCCCAGGAAAGCAUAUGGACUGAGGCCAUACAUAUUCCAUGCUCACUAGAAAAGGCUGUUGAGCCAGUGAUUCUUCAUGUUCCUUCAAAUGGGUACUACAUGGAUGUUAUUGCAGAAAAACUUGGUUUACCAGAUGCAAACAAACUUCUAGUUUCCAGGACUAUUGGUAAAUCAUCUUCUGAGACGAGAUUAUACUUUGCUGUUCCAAAUUCAUAUCAGUUGGAUCUGUCAUCUGAUCUUCGAAAUGCUAAAGAGGCUGUUAGUUUUGAAGGACCCAUAAAUGCAAGGGCAAGCUACUUUUUGGGUCAAGAUGUAUGUUCUGAUGCAAUUUUGGCAUGUAUUGGUUAUAGAUGGAAUUCCAAAGAGCUUUUUCAUGAAGAUUUUACCUUGCAAUCAUAUUACAGGAUGCUUUUAAUUAAGAUACCCAGUGGAAUUUACAAAGUGUCAAGAGAAGCAGUACUUGCAUCUGAGUUACCCCUUGCAUUUACCACAAGGGCAAACUGGAGAGGUUCUUUUCCAAAGGAAAUUUUAUGUGCAUUCUGCCGUCAGCACCGCCUAUCAGAACCUGUCUUUGCAUCACUUGAAUUGCCAAGAUCAAACAAGAAAGUUAAGGUCUCGGAGUCUGCUGAGCAACAGACAGCAUAUCUAAAUGGAGAUUGCACUGUUGCUGGUGACCAGAAGUCAGUUGGAUUAGAAAGCAAUUUUAGCUGUGAAGUAAGAAUAUAUUCGAAGUGUCACAGCUUAAUUUUGGAGUGUUCCCCUAAUGUCCUGUACAAGAAGCAGAAUGAUGCUAUCCAGAAUGCUUCUCUCAAAGUUUUGUCAUGGCUAGAUGCUUAUUUUAAGGAUCCAGAUACACCUUUAGAGAAGUUAAACCAUUUGGCAAAUGGCCUCAAUAUUAGAUUUGAUCCCCAAUACUUUUUCAAAGAGUUUGUUUUGUGUCCAUCUCUUCAUAAGUUUCAAGGCAGUGAAGCUCUGGGAGGAAAUUUGCUAGAACCAAAUUGUAAGAAUAUGCUAAACGGUAUUAUUGAAGAUGAAGUAAGUUCUACUAACAUAAAAGGCCCAGAUUCUGGCAUUUGUCCAUAUAAUGGUUCCUUAAUAUGUUUAGUUUAUUCUGUAUCUCUGGUUAAGAAAGGUGAACUUAUGAAAGAGCUUAUUGAAAGUAAUGAGGAGUUUGAGUUUGAGAUGGGGAAUGGAGUGGUAAUUCCACUUAUUGAAACCAUUGUGACUCAGAUGUCUGUUGGUCAGUCUGCUUGUUUCAUUACUGAGUUGCCUCCUCAAGAGUUAAUUCUAGCUGCAGCUAGGGAUUCUGCACAGGUUCUUUCGUUGUUAUCUUCCUCCUGCUGCUUGGAGUUCUCAAUAGUCUUGUUGCGGGUUACUGAACCCCCAGAGGACAGAAUGGAGCAAGCUCUUUUCAGUCCUCCACUUUCAAAGCAACGUGUGGAAUAUGCAUUGCAUCACAUCAAAGAAUCUUGUGCCACAAGUUUGGUUGACUUUGGAUGUGGCUCUGGGAGUUUGCUUGAGUCUCUGUUAGAUUAUCCCAGCUCUCUGGAGACAAUUGUUGGUAUUGAUAUUUCACAGAAGAGUCUUGCUCGUGCUGCAAAGGUACUUCAUUCAAAACUAAGCAUGAAGUUAAAUCCAGAUGUGUCAGGUUCAACCAUCAAAUCUGCAGCUCUUUAUGAUGGUUCUAUAACAGUUUUUGAUUCUCGGUUUUGUGGAUUUGAUAUCGGGACAUGCUUAGAGGUUAUUGAACAUAUGGAGGAGGAUGAGGCGUCUCAGUUUGGUGAUAUUGUGCUGAGUUCCUUUUGGCCAAGGAUUCUCAUUGUUUCCACUCCAAAUUAUGAAUACAACGUGAUACUCCAGAGAUCCAAUCUAUCCAAGCAAGAAGAUGAGCCCGAGGAGAAAACUCAGUCACAAUCUUGUAAAUUUCGCAACCUUGACCACAAGUUUGAGUGGACAAGAGAACAGUUCAAUAACUGGGCAUCUGAACUAGCCACAAGGCACAAUUAUAGUGUUGAAUUCAGUGGAGUUGGUGGCUCAGCUGACUUAGAACCUGGGUUUGCUUCUCAAAUUGCUGUCUUUAGAAGGGGUUUCCUACCUGAGGGAGAGGAUCUUCCAAAGAACACGGACCCAGCAUGCCAAUACAAAGCCAUAUGGGAGUGGAAUAGACUAAACACUGCACUUUGACCAAAAUAAAGUAAGUAACAAUAUGAAGGAAAUUUCUGCUUUUUGUUAGAUAUUUGUGGCUUAGUUGGGAUAGAAUACCAAAUUUUGAGGUGUCCAAACUACACCUGUGAUGAAUGUACAUUCUUUAACCUGACGCUAUGUUAAAACACAUGCUUUCUUUUGAAGUCUGCAUGUUGUUCAAGAGGUGGAAGAAAGCAACAGAUCCUCC